CAGUGGCAUGUGGCUCACGGGCUCAAGGAAUGGGCAAGUGAGAGGGCAAUAAAGCUUGCACGAGAGGCGACGGCGGGCCUCCAUCCCUUUUCGUCGUCGCUUCUAUCGUCGUCAGGAGGAGGAGGAGCACCACUCCCAGUCCCACCACCACCGCAGCAGCAGUCCCAUCAUCUGGCGCAGGUCGUGGAGAGCCACGGAGCGGGGUCGAAGAAGGGGAAUUCAGGCACCUACAAGACGAUUGAGGAAGUCAAGUGCCUCAACUUCGUGAUCCUGACGCAUUCGAUGGGGCGUGUGUUUAACAACGUGGGCCCCGAUCUGGUGCGAGAUUAG